AUGGCUGGUGGGAACCGGACCGUAGUGAGAGAGUUCUUCUCAGUGUUCCCGCGCCUGCAUGAAGGUGGCCUCUACUUUUUUGUCCCUCUGCUGCUUGUCUACAUAUUCAUCAUAGCCGGGAAUCUAGCUAUUUUCCUAGCUGUGCGGUGGGACAGAGCCCUGCACACGCCCAUGUACUUCUUCAUCGGUGUGCUGUCCUUCCUGGAAGUUUGGUACACUACCACCACCAUCCCCAAUUUGCUGGCCAGCCUGGCAGAUGAGCACCGGGGUAUCUCGCUGGCAGGCUGAAUUUUGCAGAUGUAUUUCUUCCACUUGCUCAGCAUCACUGAAGGCUGCGUGCUGACUGCCAUGGCCAUUGACAGGUACGUGGCCAUCUGCCACCCACUGCGCUACCCGACUCUCAUGACGCCCAGGCUCUGCACACAGCUCACCGCCUGCUCCUGCCUCUGCGGUUUCCUGCUGGUCCUCCCUGAGGUCUUAUGGAUGGCCACACUGCCAUUCUGUGGCUCCAACCGCAUCCAGCAGAUCUUCUGCGACUUCACACCCCUGCUGCACCUGGCAUGCCCAGACACCUCACUGUUGGUCAUCGUGGAUGCGGUGCAUGCCGUGGAGAUCCUGGCCUCCUUCUUGGUCAUUGUCCUGUCCUACACCUGCAUCAUCAUGGUCAUCCUGAGCAUGCCCUCUGCUGAAGGUCGCCACCGAGCCUUCUCCACCUGUGCUGCGCACCUUGCCGUAUUUCUGUUGUUCUUCAGCAGCGUGGCUGUAAUGUACCUGCGUUACUCAGCCACAUACUUAGUGUUCUGGGACACAGCCAUGGCAGUCGCCUUUGUCAUUCUGGCUCCCUUCCUGAAUCCCAUCAUUUACAGUCUGAGAAACCAGGACAUGAAGGAUGCCAUCCAGAGGAUCUUCUGUUCCAGAAAGCUGCCCCAUCUUUCUGGGUCUUCAUUUCCAAUUUUGGGCAACAGAACCAAGGCGCACAGCAGCCACUGUGACGUCUGUCCUCGGGACACGCCCAAGCCACAGGAUGUAUGCCAGAAGGCAGCCUCGGCCAGGGAGAAGGUGCUCGCCUCGGACACGCCCUCCCUGCUUCCAUCCCUGGCAUCCCACCCGGGCCCCUCUGCCCAACACCAGAAGUCCAGCCUGGGCACUGUCAAGGGUGGCUGUCGAGCAAACAUCAGAUCAAGGCGGAUAAAGACGGAUACAUCCUGA